GUUGUCACUGUUGUCACCGUUGUCACCGUUGUCACCGUUGUCACCGUUGUCACUGUUGUCACCGUUGUCACUGUUGUCACCGUUGUCACCGUUGUCACCGUUGUCACCGUUGUCACCGUUGUCACUGUUGUCACUGUUGUCACCGUUGUCACCGUUGUCACCGUUGUCACCGUUGUCACUGUUGUCACCGUUGUCACCGUUGUCACUGUUGUCACCGUUGUCACCGUUGUCACCGUUGUCACUGUUGUCACCGUUGUCACUGUUGUCACCGUUGUCACCGUUGUCACUGUUGUCACUGUUGUCACCGUUGUCACUGUUGUCACCGUUGUCACCGUUGUCACUGUUGUCACCGUUGUCACUGUUGUCACUGUUGUCACUGUUGUCACCGUUGUCACCGUUGUCACCGUUGUCACCGUUGUCACCGUUGUCACUGUUGUCACCGUUGUCACCGUUGUCACCGUUGUCACUGUUGUCACCGUUGUCACCGUUGUCACAGUUGUCACCGUUGUCACCGUUGUCACCGUUGUCACCGUUGUCACCGUUGUCACCGUUGUCACCGUUGUCACCGUUGUCACGGUUGUCACUGUUGUCACCGUUGUCACCGUUGUCACAGUUGUCACCGUUGUCACCGUUGUCACCGUUGUCACUGUUGUCACUGUUGUCACCGUUGUCACUGUUGUCACUGUUGUCACCGUUGUCACCGUUGUCACCGUUGUCACCGUUGUCACUGUUGUCACCGUUGUCACUGUUGUCACCGUUGUCACCGUUGUCACCGUUGUCACUGUUGUCACUGUUGUCACCGUUGUCACCGUUGUCACCGUUGUCACUGUUGUCACCGUUGUCACUGUUGUCACCGUUGUCACCGUUGUCACUGUUGUCACCGUUGUCACUGUUGUCACAGUUGUCACAGUUGUCACUGUUGUCACCGUUGUCACCGUUGUCACUGUUGUCACUGUUGUCACUGUUGUCACCGUUGUCACCGUUGUCACUGUUGUCACUGUUGUCACCGUUGUCACUGUUGUCACUGUUGUCACUGUUGUCACCGUUGUCACCGUUGUCACCGUUGUCACCGUUGUCACCGUUGUCACAGUUGUCACCGUUGUCACUGUUGUCACCGUUGUCACUGUUGUCACAGUUGUCACCGUUGUCACCGUUGUCACCGUUGUCACUGUUGUCACCGUUGUCACCGUUGUCACCGUUGUCACCGUUGUCACCGUUGUCACUGUUGUCACCGUUGUCACUGUUGUCACCGUUGUCACUGUUGUCACCGUUGUCACCGUUGUCACUGUUGUCACCGUUGUCACAGUUGUCACCGUUGUCACUGUUGUCACCGUUGUCACUGUUGUCACCGUUGUCACCGUUGUCACCGUUGUCACUGUUGUCACCGUUGUCACCGUUGUCACUGUUGUCACCGUUGUCACCGUUGUCACCGUUGUCACUGUUGUCACCGUUGUCACUGUUGUCACCGUUGUCACUGUUGUCACAGUUGUCACAGUUGUCACCGUUAUCACCGUUGUCACUGUUAUCACCGUUGUCACAGUUGUCACUGUUGUCACUGUUGUCACCGUUAUCACCGUUGUCACUGUUGUCACCGUUGUCACAGUUGUCACCGUUGUCACCGUUGUCACCGUUGUCACUGUUGUCACCGUUGUCACUGUUGUCACCGUUGUCACCGUUGUCACCGUUGUCACCGUUGUCACAGUUGUCACCGUUGUCACUGUUGUCACCGUUGUCACUGUUGUCACCGUUGUCACAGUUGUCACCGUUGUCACUGUUGUCACUGUUGUCACCGUUGUCACCGUUGUCACCGUUGUCACUGUUGUCACCGUUGUCACAGUUGUCACCGUUGUCACCGUUGUCACCGUUGUCACCGUUGUCACAGUUGUCACAGUUGUCACCGUUGUCACCGUUGUCACAGUUGUCACCGUUGUCACUGUUGUCACCGUUAUCACCGUUGUCACAGUUGUCACCGUUGUCACCGUUUUCACAGUUAUCACCGUUGUCACUGUUGUCACCGUUGUCACUGUGGUCACUGUUGUCACCAAUGUCACUGUUGUCACAGUUUUCACCGUUGUCACCGUUAUCACCGUUAUCACUGUUGUCACAGUUGUCACUGUGGUCACCAAUGUCACUGUUGUCACUGUUGUCACCGUUGUCACGGUUGUCACUGUUGUCACCAUUGUCACUGUUUUCACAGUUGUCACUGUUGUCACCAUUGUCACUGUUGUCACCGUUGUCACUGUUGUCACCAUUGUCACUGUUGUCACCGUUGUCACCGUUGUCACUGUUGUCACUGUUGUCACCGUUGUCACUGUUGUCACCAUUGUCACCGUUGUCACCGUUGUCACCAUUGUCACUGUUGUCACCGUUGUCACCGUUGUCACUGUUGUCACCGUUGUCACCGUUGUCACUGUUGUCACCGUUGUCACCGUUGUCACCGUUGUCACUGUUGUCACCGUUGUCACUGUUGUCACUGUUGUCACCGUUGUCACUGUUGUCACCGUUGUCACUGUUGUCACUGUUGUCACCAUUGUCACUGUUGUCACAGUUGUCACCGUUGUCACUGUUGUCACCGUUGUCACCGUUGUCACCGUUGUCACCGUUGUCACUGUUGUCACUGUUGUCACCGUUGUCACUGUUGUCACAGUUGUCACCGUUGUCACUGUUGUCACCGUUGUCACCGUUGUCACCGUUGUCACUGUUGUCACCGUUGUCACUGUUGUCACCGUUGUCACUGUUGUCACUGUUGUCACCGUUGUCACUGUUGUCACCGUUGUCACUGUUGUCACCGUUGUCACUGUUGUCACUGUUGUCACCGUUGUCACCGUUGUCACUGUUGUCACCGUUGUCACCGUUGUCACCGUUGUCACAGUUGUCACCGUUGUCACUGUUGUCACCGUUGUCACCGUUGUCACUGUUGUCACCGUUGUCACCGUUGUCACUGUUGUCACCGUUGUCACUGUUGUCACCGUUGUCACCGUUGUCACUGUUGUCACCGUUGUCACUUUUGUCACCGUUGUCACUGUUGUCACUGUUGUCACUGUUGUCACUGUUGUCACCGUUGUCACUGUUGUCACUGUUGUCACUGUUGUCACCGUUGUCACUGUUGUCACUGUUGUCACCGUUGUCACCGUUGUCACUGUUGUCACCGUUGUCACUGUUGUCACCGUUGUCACCGUUGUCACUUGUCACCGUUGUCACCGUUGUCACUGUUGUCACUGUUGUCACUGUUGUCACUGUUGUCACCGUUGUCACUGUUGUCACCGUUGUCACCGUUGUCACCGUUGUCACCGUUGUCACUGUUGUCACUUUUGUCACUUGUUGUCACUGUUGUCACUGUUGUCACCAUUGUCACCGUUGUCACUUGUCACCGCUCUCACCUUUGUCACUUUUGUCACCGUUAUCACUGUUGUCACCAUUGUCACCGUUGUCACGGUUGUCACUGUUGUCACUGUUCUCAUCGUUGUCACUGUUGUCACUGUUGUCACUGUUGUCACCGUUGUCACUGUUCUCACUGUUGCCACCGUUGUCACCGUUGUCAACAUUGUCACUGUUGUCACCGUUGUAACCGUUGUCACUGUUGUCACUGUUGUCACCGUUGUCACUGUUGUCACCAUUGUAACCAUUGUCACCGUUGUCCCUGUUGUCACCGUUGUCACUGUUGUCACUGUUGUCACUCUUGCCACUGUUGUCAACAUUGUCACUGUUUUCACCGUUGUCACUGUUGUCACUGUUGUCACCGUUGUAACCGUUGUCACUUUUGUCACUGUUGUCACCAUUGUCACCGUUGUCACUGUUGUCACCGUUGUCACUGUUGUCACUGUUGUCACCAUUGUCACUGUUGUCACUGUUGUCACCGUUAUCACCGUUGUCACUGUUGUGACAGUUGUCACUGUUGUCACUGUUGUCACUGUUGUCACCGUUGUCACCGUUGUCACCGUUGUCACCGUUGUCACGGUUGUCACUGUUGUCACCAUUGUCACUGUUGUCAUCGUUGUCAUCGUUGUCACUGUUGUCACCCUUGUCACUGUUGUAAUCGUUGUCACUGGUGUCACGGAUUGUCACGGUUGUCACGGUUGUCACUGUUGUCACAGUUGUCACUGUUGUCACCGUUUUCACCGUUGUCACUGUUGUCACCGUUGUCACGGUUCUCACUGUUGUCACCGUUGUCACCGUUGUCACCGUUGUCACCGUUGUCACCGUUGUCACUGUUGUCACAGUUGUCACCGUUGUCACUGUUGUCACCGUUGUCACUGUUGUCACCGUUGUCACUGUUGUCACUGUUGUCACCGUUGUCACCGUUGUCACAGUUGUCACUGUUGUCACCGUUGUCACUGUUGUCACCGUUGUCACCGUUGUCACUGUUGUCACUGUUGUCACCGUUGUCACCGUUGUCACCGUUGUCACUGUUGUCACUGUUGUCAGUAUUGUGACUGUUGUCACCGUUGUCACUGUUGUCACGGUUUGUCACAGUUGUCAUUGUUGUCAUUGGUGUCAACCUUGUCACUGUUUUCAGCGUUGUCACUGUUGUCACUGUUGUCACAGUUGUCACCAUUUUCACUGGUGUCAGUGUCGUCUGUUGUCACCGUUGUCUCCGUUCUCACUGUUGUCACUGUUGUAACUGUUGUCAACAUUAUCACCGUUGUCACUGUUGUCACUGUUGUCACCGUUGUCACUAUUGUCACUGUUGUCACAGUUGUCACCGUUGUCACUGUUGUCACCGUUGUCACUGCUGUCAAAGUUGUCACUGGCGUCACUGUUGUCACAGUUGUCACUUUUGUCACUGCUGUCACCAUUGGCACUGUCGUCACAGUUGUCACCGUUGUCACUGUUGUCACAGUUGUCACCGUUGUCACUGAUGUCACCAUUGUCAUUGUUGUCGCGGUUGUCACAGUUGUCACCGUUGUCACUGUUGUCACAGUUGUCACCGUUGUCACUCUCGUCACCGGUUUCACCGUUUUCACUGUUGUCACCGUUUGUCACUUUUGUCACAGUUGUCAUAUUGUCACUGUUGUCACCGUUGUCACUGUUGUCACCGUUCUCACAGUUGUCACCGUUGCCAUUGUUGUCACAGUUGUCACCGUUGUCACCGUUGUCACUGUUGUCACCGUUAUCACCGUUGUCACUGUUGUCACAGUUGUCACUGUUGUCACUGUUGUCACCACUGUCACUGUUGUCGCAGUUGUCACAGUUGUCACGGUUGUCAUCGUUGUCACCGUUGUCACUGUUGUCACAGUUGUCACUGUUGUUGCUGUUGUCAUCGUUGUCACUAUCGUCACCGUUGUCACUGUUGUCACUUUUGUCACUGUUGUCACUGUUCUCACCGUUGUUUCUGUUGUCAUCGUUGUCACCGUUGUCACUGUUGUCACAGUUGUCACUGUUGUUGCUGUUGUCAUCGUUGUCACUAUCCUCACCGUUGUCACUGUUGUCACUUUUGUCACUGUUGUCACUGUUCUCACCGUUGUUGCUGUUGUCAUCGUUGUCACCGUUGUCACUGUUGUCACUUUUGUCACUGUUGUCACUGAUGUCACAGUUGUCACUGUUCUCACUUUUGUAAGUGUUGUCGUUGUUACCGUUGUCUUUGUUGUCACUGUUGUCACCGUUGCCACUGUUAUCACCGUUGUCACUGUUGUCACAGUUGUCACGGUUCUCAUCGUUGUCGCUGUUGUCACAGUUGUCACUGUUGUCACCGUUAUCACCGUUGUCACUGUUGUCACCGUUGUUGUUGUUGUCAUCGUUUUCACCAUCGUCACCGUUGUCACUGGUGUCACUUUAGUCACUGUUCUCACCGUUGUUGCUGUUGUCAUCGUUGUCACCGUUGUCACUGUUGUCACUGAUGUCACAGUUGUCAAGGUUCUCACUGUUGUAAGUGUUGUCGUUAAUGUCGCCGUCUUCGCCGUUUUCACCCUGGUUAUCGAUGUCACUGUUGUCACCGUUGUUGUUGGUGACACCGUUGUCACUGCUGUCACAGUUGUCGCCGUUGUCACUGAUGUCACCGUUGUCACAGUUGUCACUGUUGUCACCGUUGUCACUUGUCACAGUUGUCACUGUUGUCACCGUUGUCACCAUUGUCACUGUUGUCACAGUUGUCACUGAUGUCACAGUUGUCACCGUUUUCACUGCUGUCAAAGUUGUCACUGGCGUCACUGUUGUAACAGUUGUCACUUUUGUCACUGCUGUCACCAUUGUCACCAUUGUCACUGUUGUCACCGUUGUCACUGUUGUCACUGUUGUCACCAUUGGCACUGUUGUCACUGUUGUCACCGUUAUCACCGUUGUCACUGUUGUCACAGUUGUCACUGUUGUCACUGUUGUCACUGUUGUCACUGUUGUCACCGUUGUCACAGUUGUCACCGUUGUCACUGUUGUCACCGUUGUCACUGUUGUCACUGUUGUCACUGUUGUCACCGUUGUCACCGUUGUCACCGUUGUCACUGUUGUCACGGUUGUCACUGUUGUCACCGUUGUCACUGUUGUCACAGUUGUCACUGUUGUCACAGUUGUCACUGUUGUCACAGUUAUCACCGUUGUCAUUGUUGUCACCGUUGUCACCAUUGUCACGGUUUCACAGUUGUCACUGUUGUCACCGUUUGUCACUUUUGUCACAGUUGUCAUAUUGUCACUGUUGUCACCGUUGUCACUGUUGUCACCGUUCUCACAGUUGUCACUGUUGUCACUGUUGUCACAGUUGUCACCGUUGUCACUGUUGUCACCGUUAUCACCGUUGUCACUGUUGUCACAGUUGUCACUGUUGUCACUGUUGUCACUGUUGUCACUGUUGUCACUGUUGUCACCAUUGUCACCGUUAUCACCGUCGUCACUGUUUUUGCUGUUGUCAUCGUUGUUACCGUAGUCUUUGUUGUCACUGUUGUCACCGUUGUCACUGUUUUCACCGUUAUCACUGUUGUCACAGUUGUCACUGUUGUCACCGUUGUCACUGUUUUCACCGUUGUGACUGUUGUCACCGUUGUCACUGUUGUCACCGUUGUCACCGUUGUCACUGUUGUCACCGUUGUCACUGUUGUCACAGUUGUCACCGUUGUCACCGUUGUCACUGUUGUCACUGUUGUCACAGUUGUCACCGUUGUCACAGUUGUCACCGUUGUCACUGUUGUCACUGUUGUCACUGUUGUCACUGUUGUCACUGUUGUCACCGUUGUCACUGUUGUCACUGUUGUCACCGUUGUCACUGUUGUCACCGUUAUCACCGUUGUCACCGUUGUCACAGUUGUCACUGUUGUCACAGUUGUCACAGUUGGCACCGUUGUCACUGUUCUCAUCGUUAUCACCGUUGUCACGGUUGUCACAGUUGUCACCGUUGUCACUGUUGUCACAGUUGUCACCGUUGUCACUCUCGUCACCGGUUUCACCGUUUUCACUGUUGUCACCGUUUGUCACUUUUGUCACAGUUGUCAUAUUGUCACUGUUGUCACCGUUGUCACUGUUGUCACCGUUGUCACUGUUGUCACUGUUGUCAAAGUUGUCACCGUUGUCACAGUUGUCACCGUUGUCACUGUUGUCACCGUUGUCACUGUUGUCACCAUUGUUGCUGUUGUCAUCGUUGUUACCGUUGUCUUUGUUGUCACGGUUGUCACAGUUGCCACUGUUAUCACCGUUGUCACUGUUGUCACAGUUGUCACUGUUGUGACAGUUUUCACUGUUGUCACAGUUAUCACCGUUGUCAUUGUUGUCACCGUUGUCACCAUUGUCACGGUUGUCACAGUUGUCACUGUUGUCACCGUUUGUCACUUUUGUCACAGUUGUCAUAUUGUCACUGUUGUCACCGUUGUCACUGUUGUCACCGUUCUCACAGUUGUCACUGUUGUCACUGUUGUCACAGUUGUCACCGUUGUCACUGUUGUCACCGUUAUCACCGUUGUCACUGUUGUCACAGUUGUCACAGUUGUCACUGUUGUCACUGUUGUCACUGUUGUCACCAUUGUCACCGUUAUCACUGUUGCCACCAUUUUUGCUGUUGUCAUCGUUGUUACCGUUGUCUUUGUUGUCACUGUUGUCACCGUUGCCACUGUUAUGACCGUUGUCACUGUUGUCACAGUUGUCACUGUUGUCACGGUUGUCACUGUUGUCACCGUUGUUACUGUUGUCACUGUUGUCACUGUUGUCACCGUUGUCACUGUUGUCACAGUUAUCACCGUUGUUAUUGUUGUCACCGUUGUCACUGUUGUCACUGUUGUCACAGUUGUCACCGUUGUCACUGGUAUCACCGUUGUCACUGUUGUCACAGUUGUCACUGUUGUCACCGUUGUCACCGUUGUCACUGUUGUCACCGUUGUUACCUUUUGUCACAGUUGUCACCGUUGUCACUGUUGUCACCGUUGUUACUGUUGUCACCGUUGUCGCUGUUGUCACAGUUGUCACCGUUGUCACUGUUGUCACCGUUAUCACCGUCGUCACUGUUUUUGCUGUUGUCAUCGUUGUUACCGUAGUCUUUGUUGUCACUGUUGUCACCGUUGUCACUGUUUUCACCGUUAUCACUGUUGACACAGUUGUCACUGUUGUCACCGUUGUCACUGUUUUCACCGUUGUGACUGUUGUCACCGUUGUCACUGUUGUCACCGUUGUCACUGUUGUCACAGUUAUCACCGUUGUCAUUGUUGUCACCAUUGUCACCAUUGUCACGGUUGUCACAGUUGUCAUCGUUGUGACUGUUGUCACCGCUGUCACUGUUGUCAUCGUUGUCACUGUUAUUACCGUUGUCACCGUUGGCACCGUUGUCACUGUGGUCACCGUUGUCACUGUUGUCACCGUUGUCACUGUUGUCACAGUUGUCACAGUUGUCACCGUUGUCACUGUUGUCACCGUUAUCACCGUUGUUACUGUUGUCACCGUUGUUGCUGUUGUCAUCGUUGUCACCGUCGUCACCGUUGUCACUGUUGUCACAGUUGUCACCGUUGUCACUGUUGUCACGGUUAUGACCGUUGUUACUGUUAUCACCGUUGUUGCUGUUGUCAUCGUUGUCACCGUCGUCACCGUUGUCACUGUUGUCACUGUUGUCAUCGUUGUUACUGUUGUCACUUUUGUCACAGUUGUCACUGUGACCUUGUCGAGGAAAACGUACACUAACGGUUUUCCGUUUAACGGGUAAAGACUAAUGGCUAACGAACGGCUUGUUAACGGCUUUUCUAACGCCUUUAACGGGUUGGCUAACGGUUUGAACGGGUAGGCGAAAAAAUCUAACGACCUACAAAAGCGUUCGAACGGAUUUGCUUUGAUUUUCCUGACGACUUUUCCUGACUUACAAUCAUCUAACGGUCUAAGAGAACGUUUGAUAAAUAUCAAACGUUUCGAGUGAUAACAGCUCAGAGAAAAGAGUUUCGCCGUUGUCUCUGUUGUCACUGUUGUCCCAGUUGUCACAGUUGUCACUGUUGUCACCGUUGUCACUGUUGUCACCGUUGUCACCUUUUGUCACAGUUGUCACUGUUGUCACCGUUGUUACUGUUGUCACCGUUGUCGCUGUUGUCACAGUUGUCACCGUUGUCACUGUUGUCACCGUUAUCACCGUCGUCACUGUUUUUGCUGUUGUCAUCGUUGUUACCGUAGUCUUUGUUGUCACUGUUGUCACCGUUGUCACUGUUUUCACCGUUAUCACUGUUUUCACAGUUGUCACUGUUGUCACCGUUGUCACUGUUUUCACCGUUGUGACUGUUGUCACAGUUGUCACCGUUGUCACUGUUGUCACCGUUGUCACUGUUGUCAUAGUUAUCACCGUUGUCAUUGUUGUCACCAUUGUCACCAUUGUCACGGUUGUCACAGUUGUCACUGUUGUCACAGUUGUCAUCGUUGUGACUGUUGUCACUGCUGUCACUGUUGUCAUUGUUGUCACUGUUAUUACCGUUGUCACCGUUGGCACCGUUGUCACUGUUGUCACCGUUGUCACUGUUGUCACCGUUGUCACUGUUGUCACAGUUGUCACAGUUGUCACCGUUGUCACUGUUGUCACAGUUGUCACAGUUGUCACCGUUGUCACUGUUGUCACCGUUGUCACCGUUGUUACUGUUGUCACCGUUGUUGCUGUUGUCAUCGUUGUCACCGUCGUCACCGUUGUCACUGUUGUCACAGUUGUCACAGUUGUCACUGUUGUCACGGUUAUCACCGUUGUU